UUUAACUAAAUUAACAUGGCUCGAAUGAACCGCCCAGCUCCUGUGGAAAUCACUUACAAGAACAUGAGAUUUCUUAUUACACACAAUCCAACUAAUGCGACCUUAAACAAAUUUAUAGAGGAACUUAAGAAGUACGGAGUUACCACAGUAGUAAGAGUAUGUGAAGCAACGUACGACACUAGUCUUGUGGAGAAAGAAGGCAUCCAUGUUCUCGAUUGGCCUUUUGAUGAUUGUGCACCACCAUCUAACCAGAUUGUUGAUGAUUGGUUAAGUCUUGUGAAAAUUAAGUUUCGUGAAGACCCUGGUUGUUGUAUUGCCGUUCAUUGUGUUGCAGGCCUUGGGAGAGCUCCAGUGCUUGUCGCCCUAGCAUUAAUUGAAGGUGGAAUGAAAUAUGAAGAUGCAGUACAGUUCAUCAGACAAAAGCGGCGAGCAGCUUUUAACAGCAAGCAACUUUUGUAUUUGGAGAAGUAUCGUCCUAAAAUGCGGCUGCGCUUCAAAGACUCUAAUGGUCAUAGAAACAACUGUUGCAUUCAGUAAAACUGGGGUGCCUGAUGCCAUUGCUUGGAAGUGGAACCUAGACAGGACAGGAUUUGUUGUACAUGUUAGCCAGCAUGUUGGCUUGGUGAAGUCUGAUGAAGCUUCCAUAGGAGUGUUGAAAUGCAGUUUUACCAGGCCAUAAGGCUGGCAGAAUUGCACCCUCUAUGUUUGGGUUAAGAUUAACCUACUUGGACACUUAGCAAAGGAUUCUUGCUGUUCAGCAUUUAAAAUGUGCUUAUCGUUUGUACCAAUUGACUUUUCCUGAAAUCAUGCAGUAUGGAGUCAUUCAUGUCUUUAAAUCUGUUUCCAUGCCAGAUUCUUAUCAGUAUAUAAGAAAUUUAGAAAGACUAGGUGCCAAAAUACCCAGCACAAUUCUUGUUGUUUUUAGUAUCAUGUCGAACUAAAAUCCCAGGAACUAUGAAAACUCUGGACCUUAUGUGUUUUAUUCUUUCCAUCAUUUCAAACAUAGAAAGUAGGGCCUAUAAGGUUAUUUGCUCACAGUAUGUUUACAUCUUCCACAGUCAUACCAGUAUACAUCCGAUUUGCUCGUUUGCUUUUUUUUAAUUAACCAAGUCUUACCAG